AUGUCUGGGAUUUAUAAUAUAAUUCUUGAGCCUUCAAAGUAAAAUCUGGAAGUCUAACUUGAAUUUUCUACAACUGUAUCUGAAAUAUUUGAUUAUAUCAACACAUAGUAUAAGUAAGUAUCAAUAUUGAUUUUAAGAAUUUCUAAUACCUGUUAAUCAUGGACUUGUUAUUCUAGUAAUCGAUAAAAAUAUUUGACUCAUUAAGAAACAAUUGGAUAAUUUCCAAAUGAUACUUUAAUAAUUAACACAUAUGUAGUCACUUAAAUUUCUAAUACAAAUCUAAGUGAGAUUAUACUAUUUAUAAAUAUAACAGAUGGCUUUGUAAAAAAAUCUUUUCAAGCAAAAUUUAAUGAAAGUAAUACACUUGAGGACAUUGCUUCCUCAAUAUUAGCUUAUUGUUAAUUGCCCAAAGAUUUGUAUAAAUUAAUUAUUAUCUUAUUUAGAAAUAUAGCCACAGCUGAUCUAUUCAUAUUCAAUUAACCAUAUAAUGAUUAAAUUAAGAGAGGAAAAACUUUAACUGAGUUAUAAAUUAAAGAUAAUUUAACAAUUGAAGCAAAAAUUAGAUGGAUAGGAGGUAAUGAUAUGAUAAUUAAAUAUUAUUGA